AACCUCCGAAUAUAUUGAUCACCCUUUAUAAGCAUUUUUGGAUAAAACGAAUAUCUAAAGCUGGUGGCAAGGCGAGUCUAUAAAAGGGGACUAUAACAGCUGAGUGUAAUGACAAAGACACAAAAUUGCGAAUUCAGAUGCUCUAGUACCAUCACUUUGAAUGAAUUCGUCUUGUUUUUGAUCAAUAUUUACUGUCGUGAUUUGCUAAAUUUUGUUUAGUAUUCAAUUAAAGAAUGCCGCUGUACGAAACAGUAAUGCAGGAGAAACCACCUGUAGUUCUGGACAUUGGAACUGCAUAUACAAAGCUCGGAUUUGCAGCAGAGGCUUACCCACGUAAAAUUAUACCCUCGGAAGUAAUUCUCUCUACCAAUGGUCUAACGAAAGCUUUGUUGGAAUACGACAACACCGAUGACCUAUAUGACCAAUUUGUGGAUUUCUUGCAAGUGAUUUUCUUCAAGCAUCUGCUUGUAAUUCCCAAGGAGCGCAAAAUUGUAAUUGUUGAGAAUGUGCUUGGUCAAACAGUAAUUCGUGAGACCCUCGCUCGUGUUCUAUUUCGCCACUUUGAAGUGUCAUCUAUCAUGUUUGUGCCCUUGCAUAUGAUUGCACUAGCCACGCUUGCUGUGCCUACAGGCGUUGUGGUUGAUAUUGGCUACACUGAAACUAAUGUGAUGCCUGUUUAUUGUCGCGUGCAAAUAAUGCAAGCAUUCCAAGACCAAGAGUAUGGGGGACGCGCGGUACAUGCGGAGAUCAAGCGGCAACUCUUGGAAGCCGGUGUUAAGGAAAAAUACCUCACUGAAUCUGUAUUGGAAGAUAUUAAGGUGCGUACCUGUUUUGUGACGAAUUUCGAACGUGCCAAGGCAUACCGUAACAACCAACCACCGGAAACACCACCUAGCGUGCAGUACCCGAUCAACGGCGAAGAGAUUAUCAAUAUUCCUGGAAUUUUACGUGAAACAGCUUUCGAAAUAAUGUUCGAAGAUAACAACGAUCGCGAUAGUCUGCCACAUUUGAUUUUACGCGCUAUACUUAGUUGUCCAGUGGAUGUGCGUCGGUCGUUAGUUGAAAGUAUUUUUGUGGUUGGCGGGAGUGCUAUCAUAAUGGGAUUACUAUCACGUCUCAGAGCUGAAAUGCAGUAUUUAGCGGAAAAAGAUGAAGAGUACAAGAAAAAAUUGUGUGGCGAUAUAAAAUUCAAAUUCCACAAAACGAUUGGUCGGGAGAAUUUCACAGCCUGGCUCGGUGGCUCGCUUUGCGGCGGCACUGACCUUAUACAAACUCAUUCGCUUACUAAAGAGGCAUACGUGAAAACUAAUCGUGUACCAGAUUGGAUUAGCUUAGCAGACAAACGCUCUACGGGAUCUUAAGAGCACAAGUAAAAGAAAAAUUAAAGGAAAUUAUAUUUCUAGUAUUUAGCAUUGUGCGCUUUGCUUACUCAAAGAAUGAUAGAUUAAAAAUUGCAAAUGUAGUUAAUAUUUAAACAUUAGUAAUUUGAUUUGGCAGGCAAUGGCAAACAUCCGAGUGUAUUUCUGCCAUGAAAAAGCUCCUCAUAAAAAUAUCUGCCGUUCGGAGUCGGCUUGAAACUGUAGGUCCCUCCAUUUGUGGAACAACAUCAAGACGCACACCACAAAUAGGAGGAGGAGCUCGGCCAAACACCUAACAGAAGUGUACGCGCCAAUUAUUUAUUUAUUUUUUUUUUAAUUUGAUUUGCACCAAUUUUCCCUAGUUUCUUAUUAUUUAAAAAUAUAAAACGCCCAUUUUUUCUUUUUUUUCUUUUAUCACUGAUUUGAUAAAAAAUAUUAUAUAUUUAGGUAUAAACUACUAUUUUAUAGAAUUUUGCAUACGUAAAUUGUAUAUAAGGUCCAUCUAAUUAAUAAAAAAAUAUUUAAACCUAUUAAUAACAAUUUGUAAAAAUAAAAAGUUAAUGUAACCCUUUU